UAAACUUCCUGUCAGCUCAAACUAGUCUGGUCAUUCUCCUCUGAUCUCUCUCAUCAACAAGGUGCUUCAGCCUGCAGACAUUCCCACGUGAUCCACACGUGAUGUUUUUUGUUUUUUGCACCAUUCUGUGUAACUUCUAGAGAAAAAAAUCCCAGGAGAUCAGUAGUUUCUGAAAUACUCCAACUAGCCCAUCUGGCACCAACAACCCUGCCACAGGUAAAGUCACAGAGAUCACUUUCUGAUCUAUCCGUCAGGUGAAUAACAGGUUAUUAGGCUUUGUGUACAUGUAGCUACUAGGUACCAGACUUGAAACUCAGUAUUGAAAGGUCAUUGGUGGAAUGCCAUCAGUUUCAGCUGUGGUAAUGGAGGAGAUUAUGACCACCUAAAGGAGGCGAGUAGCAUAUAAUUGUAAACACUGACUAAUAUUAAGGAUGGGUGAUACCACAGGUUUUUUUUUUUAAAUCUGAUUCCAAGUUAUUUGAAGACUAGUAUCCCAUUGUAAAUACCUUGUCAUGUUUUUAUUAUUGUACUUCCUGAUACCAUUACUAUGCAUUAAUAGACAUAAUCUAUAAAGGAAUCUUUAAUGUAGGAUUAAUUGUAGGAUUUGUAUUAAUAAUAGUUUUGUUUCAAUCUACAGGGGUCAAAUUGGAAAAUGGCAAAACCAAAGAUGAAGCUGUUUAUUUUUCUUAUCCUUUUUGGUGUUCUAUCUGUUAUCUUCAUUUCAAAAUGGAACCAUAUUUUCAGGCAUGCUGCUGUUUACAUCGCUGGAAAUCUGUAUGAGGGCACACCAUCAUCUAUAAGCAGUAGUUUGGAUAUACACAAUACCCCUAUAUCUAUGAAGUCUAUAAUCCCCAUUAAAAACUCAAGCCAUUUUGCAGUGUCUGCAUUCAUUGAUCACAGGAUCAGUAAAGCUAUUCGAGUUAUCAGCAUAAUAAAAAGAAACAGCAUGCAGCCACUUUAUUGCCUCUACUGCAACAAUGGCCAAGCUUGCGAGUCUACUAUGGCUAAAAUUGAGAUACACAGGGAUCAUUUUGACUUCCCAUUUGGUGCUUCAGAUGUGCUUUGCCAGGGCAACCACACCCAAAAUGCGACUCACGUCGCCAUUUCAGCUGAAAUUUCUGACAUUAAUAACCUAGACUUCCUGCCAGUAAAGAACAGAGUGAAUAAUGAAUCAUUCAAGUACAACUUCACCAUCUGUAUCUCAAGUCUUUUUGGGGACUACAAUAAUGUUCUGCAGUUUGCUCAAAGCAUGGAGAUGUACAAGCUUCUUGGUGUCCAACGAGUCGUAAUCUACAACACCAGCUGUGGUUCUGACUUGGACAAACUCCUACAGCACUAUGAGAAAGAAGGAAUUCUAGAGAUUGUGCCAUGGCCUAUUGAUCAGUUCCUUAAUCCAUCUGCAGGAUGGAAUGGCAAAUUGCAUAAAGGGGAACUCCAGUACUAUGGCCAGUUGGUAACACUCAAUGAGUGCAUUUAUAGACAUAUGUAUGAGUCCAAAUAUGUCCUGUUGAAUGACAUUGAUGAGAUCAUCAUGGCCUAUAAGUAUGCUAACCUUGCUUUACUGAUGGAGGAUCUGCAACAGGAGCACAAAGAUGUGACUGUAUUUAUCAUAGAGAACCACAUAUUCCCCAAGACACAGUUUGAAGAAAGUGGCAAGUUUCGCAGGCCAGAAUGGAAAAAUAUUCCUGGUAUCAAUAUUAUGGAACACAUUUACAGAGAACCAGACAGAAAGAACAUCUUCAACCCCACAAAGAUGAUCAUCAACCCGAGGAACAUGAUGCAAACCUCAGUGCAUUCCAGCCUGCAACACAUUGGAAAGGUCUAUCGGGUUCCUCCCGAUGUGUGUAGGAUCAUUCAUGUGAGAACACCACUACAGGGGAGUCUUACCAAGGAGCAAUUAUUUGUUGACACAAGAGUGUGGGACUUUGCACAAGAGCUGAUAACAAAUGUUAAUAGGGCACUAAAAUUAUCAGGUUUGUUGAAAAGUCAAGAGUGAUAUGGGUUUUUUGUUUGUUUGUUUUUUUGUUUAGGUACAGGUAAAGGUACAUGUAAAGGUACUUCUCUUUUAUUCUUGUUCGUUGAGGCUACGUUUCCUUGUAGAGCUACACUUUGAUCAGUAUGGAAAUUUGUUUGGUUGCUCUCUCAGUAAUCUUGAAAACCAACAUGAAAAUUAAUCUUUCCUUUUUUGUGUUUCCUUAUAAUAGGCUGGAUCAUUAUGUGAUUUCUUUGCUUAGAUUUUUCUCCUUGAUAUCUCAGCUAAUUGUAUAGCAAUUCUCACUCGUGUUUCAAUUAGGCACUGACUAUGACACAAAUGUUUCUCCUAAAACUCCUUAGUAGAAAUAGAAUAAGAAGAAAAAGAGACAAAACAUCUGACCUUGCUUCACAGUAGCAGAAAUCAUAUACACAAAACAUCAAAAACUGUGAUCUGCUGAUCACAGAUCACGAUCACAACAUUUUACCACUACGCCACCCAGGAACUUGCUGUUGGAUACAUUUUUCUGUCUAUUGUUCACUGGUUAGUUUAUUGAGCAUAGUCAAUUUGAUUGUUAAGUUUGUGAUAUCAGUGUGUCUGUGUGUUUUCAUUGAUGUCGCAGCAAACUUAGCUGUUUUUCACUUUACAUGGUUGGCAUUCUAGUUUUUUUGCGUGUGUACUUGUGCUUGUGUUUUCAGUGAGCAGCAAACAGGCUAUUAAUAUAUUAGUCACAUAAUAAACUGAUCAAACAAAUGUGAUGUAUUGUGUAAUGUAGUGGGACCACUUUAGACACAGCAUUAGACAUGAUAGUGUAUCAAAAGUAAACUGCACAUCCCUCUAAAUAUACAUUAGUAUGCCUGUAGUAAUGAAUUUGACACAUGCAGUCCCUGCUGAAAAUAUUGGAACAGAAAGGCCAAUUCUUUUGUUUUUGCUAUACACUGGAGGGUUUGCAAUCAAAAGAUCAAUAUGAGACAAUGGAUCAGAAUUUCAGCUUUCUUUUCCUGAUAUUUACAUCUAGGUGUGUUAGUAAAUUGUUAGUAAACAACUAAGAACAUGGCACCCUUUGUUUGAACCCACUCAUUUUUCAGUUGAUCAAAAGAAUUGGAACAUGUGACUGACAGGUGUUUCUUGUUGCACAGGUGUGCCCUGUUAGAUUCAGUGUUUAAACAAUUAAUACCUGAAUGUGUACUCUUGGUUUGAACCCUUAUUAAAAAGUAUAAACCAACAAGCAGACCAGAGAGCUGUCUAUGGGAGAAAAGCAAGCCAUUUUGAAGCUGAGAAAAGUGGGGAAGUGGAUCAGAGCCACUGCACAAGCACUGGACGUAGCCAAUAAAACAAUUUGGAAUGUCCUGAAAAAGAGUGAAACCACUGAUGUACUAACUACCAAACAUGGAACAGAUCAGCCAAGAAGACUUGGAGAUCAGAAAUAUAGAGCCCACACCACAAGAUGCAAACCAUUCAUCAGCAAUAAGAAUUGGAAAACAAGAUUGGAAUUCAAAAAGAAAUACAGAGGCACAAAAUUUCUGGAAAAAGAUUUACCUCUAUCAAAGGGCUGGAAAGGCCAAAUAGUGGAGAAAGAAAGGAUCUGCUCAUGAGCCAAAACGUAUGAGCUCAUCGGUCAAGCAUGGUGGAGGUAGUGUAUUGGCUUGUGCUUGCUUCUGGAAUGGGCUCAUUGAUCUUUAUUGAUGAUGUAACUUAUGAUAGUAGCAGCAAAAUGAUUCAGAAAUCUACAGAAACAUUCUGUAUGCCUAUUUACAGAGAAAUGUGUCCAAUCUAAUUGGGAGGAACUUUAUCAUGCAGCAAGACAAUCACCCAAAACACACUGCCAACAUAACAACGGAAUUCUUCAGGGGAAAAAAGUGGAAGGUUUUAGACUGGCCAAGUCAAUCACCAGACCUUAACCCAACUGAGCAUGCAUUUCACCUUCUGAAGAGGAGACUGAUUGGAGAAACCCCUCAAAACUAACAAUAACUGAAAGAGGCUGUGGUACAAGCCUGGAAAAACAUCACAAAGGAAGAACAGUUUGGUGAUGUCAGUGGGUCACCAGCUUGAUGAGGUUACUGCAAGCAAGGGAUAUGCAUCCAAAUAUUAAGUGUUAUUUACAUUAAUUUACUUUAAGACUAUCUGUUCCUAUACUUUUGGAGGGGGCUGUAAUUAUACUAGCAGAUCUGAGCACAAUGUGAGACAUAUGUAACAUUACUAGUGUCUUUUGUCUCAGGAAAAAAAAACUUAAGAAGUCAUCUCCCUUUUAUAUCCAUUUGAUCUCAUUGCUGUCUAGGAUAAACUAAAGAGAUAAUAAUGAGAUAAAAUAUUCUUUUUAGAUUUUUUUGUCCAAUAGAAGGGCAAAUCCUAUUGUUUUCUUUCCUCUUCUUUUUUCCUCUUCAGGUGUGUCCUCAGUUUGUUGAUCAGUGGUGUUGGAUCAGAUUUCUGCAAACUGCUCUCUGACAAUGUUUAUUGUCGGAACUCAACAAUGACCUAGUGACAUUUCUAUGGUUACUAAAACCUAAAGGACAAUGACAAAAUACUUAUCAAAAACUAAGUAUUAAGCCCUGCUCAGAAUAAAACAAUAAGCAAUAUCUUUUACCUAACCACUUUCCUUCUCCUUCUGCCGAGCUACACUCCUGAGCUGCUUGUAAUCCAGACCUCCCCCCCUUCACUCUGGACCUGUCCACCGGCAAUGCUUCAUACUGCCACGAAAACGCUUCAGCUGUUUUCCAUGGACUACACCAACACACAUUGUGCUCACACACACGCACACUACAGUGUAAACCCAUAUGAGGAUGGGUUCUCUGUUGAGCCUGGUUCCUCUCAAGGUUUCUUCCUAUCACCAUCUCAGGGAGUUUUUCCUUGCCACCGUCGCCCUGCUUGCUCAUCAGAGACGGCACACACACACACUUCACUUUACUUUUGUUUGUGUAAAGCUGCUUUGAGACAAUGACCUUUGUAAAAAGCGCUAUACAAAUAAAAAUGAAUUGAAUUGAAUUGAAUCUUACUCAGUGAGCUUCAGCUAAAUUUGCUGGGUCCUAUUAAUGGGACAAACUGUGCUGUUUAUUAAGAAUGGCAGAGGUUAGGCUUUUAUCUAGCUAUACAGCAGGGUGUACUGUUUGCACAGACCAAUCAGAGGUAGAAAUAAAGUUGAUAAGUAUAGUCAUGGUGUAGUCAUGUAGAGGUGUGGAGCAGUACACAGGAUUGUUGUUUUAAUCCCACUCCAGCAGACACCCUUAAUCCCACCCACUUCAGCAGUUCUAAUUUUUGCUUGCACCUGCCAGUGAUAUUUUCUAAGGAAUCUUUGGUUGGUUCUAUUUCCACAAAUGUAAACAAAUAGUUUAAACCACAGUGAUUAAAGUAUUUACUGAAAAUGAAUGUAUGAUGUGUGCUGUAUUCAUCUCUGGCAUAACCAUUCCACCUCACUGUUUAGUGUGCCUCAUCUGUAAAGAAAUAUAGUUUGUCCACCUUUCGGAUUCACACUUUUUUUUGUCAUGGCUUUAUUGAAAUAAGAUGUUUUUAUUGAAAUAAGAAAUUGGUGAACAAUUGAUGGUUACUGUUUGGUGAAAAUUCCACUCCAAAGACAUAUUAUAAGCAUAGCUAGUUAUGUAGCUAGCUAGAUAACAGCGUUACAGUAUCUUGCUAAUCUUCUUAAACUUGCUAAUCACAGCCUUUCUUAUCAGGGAAAGGACUGAAAACUAUGAUAACUAAAAAGAUGGCAGUGUUAAUUUUAACAAUUUUUUGAAUUUUCACCUGUGUUUUAUACCACACAUUUAUAGCACGAGCAUGGGGCAGAGUGAUUGCUACCCCAGUGUGGCUAUGUUAGCGUUUGUUGUAAUUCCCAUUUUUGGCCACUAGGUGCAAUAAUAACUCUAACUGAGCUAAAUUGGGCAAUAAGCUUGUGCACAGUUGUGCAACAUCAGUGGAACAUCAGUUAAUAUCUAGAAUUGAAAAAAAAAUCUUUGGUCACUCGAAUGAGGUGAUAAGUAUUUCAGCUGAAGUUAGACUAUAAGUGGUUGCGAAUGAGGACAUUUGUUGAAUUUGUUGAACUUUUCUCUGCCACGCAUGCCCCUAUGGGUGAGACACGACUGGGGGCAGUAUAAUUUGAUAUCUGAAGCAGACAAAGUAGAGCUUUGACUAAGUGUUUUCCUUAUUAUGUUGGAUGUUUGAAUUGAAGCUUUCUCAUAUAGCCUUCAAACCUACUAAAUAUUCUGUUUUGCCAGUCUUAAAGGUAAAGGCAUAGUUUUUGAUUUGAGAUACAGCAAAAUAAUAUACUUCGACAUCAGACAUUUACAUUUAAAAUAUUAAUAUAUUUUACAAAAAUAAAAUAUAUACACUCAUGUC